UCCAAUGAAUCAACUCUUUGCAUGAGGUGGCCAAAGUAUUGGAGUUUCAGCUUCAGCAUCAGUCCUUCCAAUGAACCCAGGACUAAGCUCCUUUAGGAUGGAUUGGUUGGAUCUCCUUUUUUCUAUUACAAUCCUGCAAAUAAAUUUUUGUGUAGAUGUCUUAAUGAGCAUUUCCAUAGUGUGUAUUUUUAGUAAUGGAACUACUGGACAAAGAAUAUGUAUAUUUAAAAUUUGGCUGAUACAAUUAAGUUUCCCUUCCCAAAGUUUGCUACUAUUUAUAUUCCCACCAAUGUAUGAGAAUGUCUACUACUUCACACUUGAUAAAAUGCUGGAUAUUUUCAGGCUUUAUAUUUCAGUGUGGUGUUGGCACAGGGAUUAUCAAGUAGCCAAGAACACAGACCACACAUUCAUCCAUGGUGAUCUGUGACAGUGCUGACAUUGUAGCUCUGAGGGAAGAAAGGAUAUAUAUAGAGAACAACUCAUCUAUUGGAAAAAACAUUGUUCUUACAUCAUACACAAAAAUCAAUUCUAGGUGCAAUAAAGACCUAAAUGCAAAGGACAAUAUUCUAAAGUGUAGUGAGUUAUUAUAGGAGAAGUUUUUUGGUUUGCGAGAAGAGGAAUUAUUUUGAUAGACACAAAAAACAAAUCAUAAAUAUUAAUAACUGCCUAUAUUAAGGCUUCUGUUCAGUAAAAGACAUAAAGGAGGUGAAAAGGCAAAGCACAUAUUAGAUGAAGAUAUCUGCAACAAACACUUAUAAUCCACAAAGGAUUAAUAUUCACAAUAUAUAAAGAAUGCCUACAAUUUACUUUUUAAAAGACAUAUCUUUCCAUAUAGAAAAAUGGUCAGAAGAACCCAAAUUUCUCAGAAGAUUGGCCCUUAAAAAUGUGAAAAAUGCUCAAGUUCGUUGUUCAGUAGGAAAAUGAAAAACUAAAACCACACAACUCUUUAAUAUGAAUGGCAAAAAUUAAAGUUAAAAAAAAUGUCAAGGCAUGGGCAGAGAUGAAGUACAGGACCUGUCAUACAUGGUACGUGACAACAUAUAUUGGUACAACUACUUUGCAAAGCAGUUGGACAUUCCUAUGUUCAGUUGAACAUGUGGACACCCUCAACCCAGCAAGGCCAUUAGGGAACAUACUUGAAAAUACUUUUAAAAAAUGAGUGGAGCACUUGAGAGUGUCCUUAACCUUAUUGUUCUUAAAAGGGGCAGAGGGGAACCUGAGUAGACUUGUAGUGAAGUAGCAGAUAAAGGAACGUCCCAAGGAAGUGUAGACCAACCAGGGAUAUAUGGCUGCUGCAAUGAUUCUUCUGUGUGACACUAGACACACAUCACCAGGUCAUACUGUGCCAUUUAUGAAGAAACUGCACCCCUCCUGCUCAUCUUUCGGCUUUGGCAGCAGGACUUGGGUUACAUACAGUCUCUUUCCAAGUUUGAAGAUAGUUGUCAUUUAUUUGUCAUUAAAAAACCAGAAUAUGCCCUCUGCGAUAGGGCUCUUACCAUGACUUUUGUUCUGGGAAAGUCUUUAUCUUCAGGAUGCAAAGAUACUCCUCUCUUCCUUUGGAAAGUGCCAAAUCACAUGCAAAGCUCUAAACCAUUCAGUUGCUUUGGGGUGCAGCACCAUUUCAGGUAAGGCCAAAUAUUCUAAAAAUUAAGUGUGGGUAACUGGACGGCUUGGCUAGUCUGCGCAAAUAAGUGAAAUUUAGUACAAGAUGCAGUUUAUUUGAAAUUACACGUGGGAAACAUGGUUUUGGCAGAUUAGUAUUACUGUGUGUAUUUCACGGAUAAUUCAGUGCCUUGAGUACUAAUUUUUAAUUUAGCAUGUUAGAAGUAAUAGUUCCUUAUUUAUGGCACAAUCAGAAAUACUUUCAAAUUCUAGCUCUGUGACCCUGGUUAAGUUACUUACCCUUUCUGUGCCUUCAGUUGCAUCAUCCUUUAAUUGCGGAUAACCCAACUCACAUGGCUCAGACUGCAGUGAGUCCGCCUGCAAUGCGGGAGAUCUGUGUUGGAGCCCUGGGUCGGGAAGAUCCCCUGGAGAAGGGACCGGCUAUCCACUCCAGUAUUCUUGCUGGGAGAAUUCCAUGCACAGGGGAGCCUGGCCUGCUACGGUGGCAAAGAGUCAGACAUGACUGAGUGACUUUCACUUUCACAGGGUUACUGUAAGGAGUAAAUGCAUUAAUUUAAAUACAGUGCUGAGACCAGUGUGUGGCAUAACGUGAUGAAGUACUGUUAACCUACUUGUCUCAGUGUAGCUGAGACUAUUCAUUAUUUUGAGCCGUUCCUGUGUUAGUGGAGUAAGAAGGCACUGCAGAUACAGUGUGAUAGUGAUUAAAAGAAUCAGGCUGUGGUUGCUGCUGUUUUAACAGACUUUGCUGUUCCCUUCAGGGCUGUAGGUCAUAGGCACCCCUGGCUAAAUUAUAAAUAAUUAAAGAAAAUUUUUAAGGUGAAUCCAAAAAAUUAAUAAUAAUAAAGUCAAGAGCAGGGUUAUUUUCACAACGGGCACUGCUCUGUGAUACCUCCAAGCUUGAUUGUGAGAAAGAUUACUUUAGUUCUUGCUAUGUAAAGAUUUAAAGGUAUUAUUACCUUUUCCAUAGCUUGCAAAUGCUUUAAUUUUACCGAUUUGAAUGAAGAGUGGAAAAUCAGUGAAACAAGAGGAUGAGACCUCGGAGUGCAAAAUGAAUGUCUUUUCACCACCCAGGAAAAAUCAGCACUGCUAAGAGGGAGACGUAGCGUGGAUCCGGGUAACAUUUAAAGUCAGUGAUAAUCCGGGUGAAAGGAUCAUGCAGAAUUACGAGCGUUUGCCCUUUUGCUUGUAGCCCACAGAUCUGCCGCGGACGCCGUUUCAGACAUGCUGAGGAGCGCUCUGCUAUGCGCAGCGCUCUGGCUCCUGCGCGCGCAGCCCUUUUCCUGCCCACCCACCUGCAGGUGCGCCUUCCGCGACUCCGCGCAGUGCUCGCGCGGCACGGUGGCCGGCAUCGCCGCGCUCGGCCUGCCCACCAACCUCACGCACAUCUUGCUCUUCCAAAUGGGCCGCGGCACCUUGCAGAACAACAGCUUCAGUGGCAUGACCGUCCUGCAGCGCCUGUUGCUGUCCGACAGCCACGUUUCCGCCAUUGCCCCGGGCACGUUCAACGACCCUAUAAAACUUAAAACCCUGAGGUUAUCGCGCAACAAGAUCACUCAUCUCCCAAGCGCACUGUUGGAUAACCUGGUGCUCCUGGAACAGUUGUUUCUGGACGGCAAUGAACUAAAGAGCCUUGACCAAAACCUGUUUCAGAAACUGGUUCACCUGCAGGAGCUCUUUCUGAACCAAAACCAACUCGCUUUCCUGCCUGCUAGCCUCUUCGCACACCUGGGGAACCUUAAAUUGUUGGAUUUAUCGGGAAACAAUUUGACCCACCUGCCCGAGGGGUUUUUUGGGGUCCAGGUUAAGCUUCAGAAGCUUCUGCUCCACUCAAACCGGCUGGCCUCUCUGGGGUCGGGGCUGUUGGACAGCCUGCGCGCCCUGACGGAGCUGCAGCUCCACACCAAUCACCUCCGUUCCAUCGUCCCCGGAGCUUUCGAUCGGCUGCGAAGCCUGAGCUCCUUGACCCUUUCCGAAAACCGCCUCGAGUUCCUGCCCUCCGCCCUCUUUCUUCAUUCGCACAAUCUGACCUUCCUGACCCUGUCUGAGAACCCGCUGGAGGAACUCCCCAAGGUGCUCUUCGGGGAGAUAGGCGGCCUGCGGGAGCUGAGGCUGAAAAGCACCCAGCUGCGCACCCUGCCGGCCGCCGCCUUCCGCAACCUCACUGGCCUGCGCGUCCUGGAGGUGUCGCUGAGCCCGAGGCUGAGCGCGCUCCCUGAGGACGCCUUCCGAGGCCUCGGCGAGCUGCAGGUGCUCGCCCUGAGCUCCACAAGCCUGGCCUCCCUCCCCGCCAGCCUGCUCCGCGGCCUCGGCAGGCUGCGCCACGUGUCGCUGCGCAGCAAUCGGCUGCGCGCCUUACCCAGCGCUCUCUUCCGCAACCUCAGCAGCCUGGAGGAGGUCCAGCUCGACCACAACCAGCUGGAGACUCUGCCGGGCGACGCAUUUGAAGCUCUGCCCCGGCUGGCGGGGGUCCUGCUGGGACACAAUCCCUGGCGCUGCGACUGUGGCCUGGGGCCGUUCCUGGCGUGGCUGCGGCGGCACGUGGGCCUCGUGGGUCGAGCCGAGCCCCCGCGGUGUCACGGGCCCGGGCCGCACGCCGGCCGACUGCUCUGGACCCUGAAGGCCGGCGACCUCGGCUGCCCGCGCUCCGAGUCGUGGACCCGGCCGGUGGCUGAGGGCCAAAGUCAGGACCAUAGCCUGUUCUGGGGUCUUUAUUUUCUGCUUUUAGCUGCUCAGGCCCUAAUUACCGGGAUCAUUGUGUUUGCGAUGAUUAAACUCGGCAGGCUCUUUCGGAAAUUAAUCACAGAGCUCUGGUUUGAGGCGGUGAGAAAACCUUGCAAUUAAUUAAAACGUGACCGGAGUAUUUGCGGACGCGGCUCCGGAGAGAGCCCAGACCCGCUGACGCUAUCUUCCUCUCCCUUCCUCCUCUGCCAUCUCCUUCCCUCCUUCUCUCCUCCCCGUUCAGUGACCCCUCUCCUUCUGAGCCCCCGUACCAUUUACAGUGGUAAACCGUGACUGUCUGUUGUGCCUGUCUGCCUACUCACAGUGUGCUCCUGGCAGCGCGGACUGCGACGGCUCCUCCCUGUGCCCACAGUCAGGGGUCGGUGGGUGGGGUGACGAAAGCUGUCUCUGAACUGUGAACUGAGAGUUGGGUGCAAAGGAGACAGCCAGCUCCAGGCCAGGGCCUGCCUCCAGCACCUGGUAGAUGUCUGCAAAUGUUUGCGAAAUGAAUAAAUAGAAUGCGUGGGAUCCGGCGAUGGUGGCUUUUCCUAGGGGAGAAGAUGGGUUGCUCUCUUUCCCUUUAUCUGAAAAGCAGAACUAUUUCACAGUUCUUUUCGUCCCGUUUUUUCUCACUUUACAUAUGUCUGACCUGUCGGAUUUGGGGGAAAGCGCUGAACUCCAUCCACGCAAGAGUGUGGAUAGGCUUGUGUGACUGAUGAUGGGCUGAGAGAGAGACAACCCAGCCCUUUCUCUAAGAGCUCGGUACCCAGCGCGGUGCGGGCUGAGUGCCCAGGAGCUGGAGAAGGGCGGGCAUCAGGGAGGGUGGGACGUUCCAGGGGCUCUCAGUGUGCUGCUGGGAGAUGCUGUUGAUCUCGACUGUCCCCGGCUGCUGCGUGCCCGAGGAGCCCUGCUCUGCUUGUUCACAUGAUCUGUGAGUUCCGACUGGAGUCCCACAAGGGUGAAGUCUGUCAUUUUGACACUGGGUUUCAUUUCCUGGAACUAAACGCUACCUCAUUUCACAAGCAUUUACGGGACACCUGACAGUGACAGGUGUUCAUGAAUGUAAUGAUGAGCUUGGGUUCUAGUUUAUUAUGCUCGGAUCACGUUCUCAUUUAUUCCAAUUGAAGGCAGUAAAACCCUCCUUUCUUUAAUUGGGUGUCUGCUUGGGAGAAGCAGUGGUUAAAGCAUGGGCUGGAGAAGAGUCAGAAACUGGUGGGUUGGGAUCCCAGCUCCACCUACUAACUGCAUAGGUCUGUGGGCAACACCCCUGAAAUCUCCAAGCCUUGGUUUCCUCAUCCCUGGAAAGGAAUAAAUAGUACCUGCCUCUUAUAGUUGUUGUAAGAACUAAAGACAAGCUUCUGAUGACUUAGCCCAGUGCCCUGCAUACAGUAAAUGCUCAAUAAAUGGUAGCUCUUAUUAUUAAAGGGCAAGCAAUUAUUACUGCUGUCAUAAUUUUAAAAGAGCUUUGAGCUGGUAGUUUUUUUUUUUUUUUUUUUUUUUCUUUUUUCCUCUGUUGUAUUUAAAGGUGAGACCAAACAUCCUGGAAUGGGUGCUUACAUUCAAGUUAGUCUGUCUUCACUUGUGAGUGGUCUCAGCCCUGUGCAGUCAGGCUCCGUGCUCAGGGUCCAGAGAAAUAGAUCCCCCAACAACAACCACUGGAUAUGGAACAGGAAGAGCUAGGGGUUCCUGGCAUUUGUAGGUGCACUUCAUUUUCAAGGUCAGGUUCAGAUGUCUCCUCCUGGUGAAGUCUUCCUGGCAGACUAAAAGUGUCCCCUUCUGUGUGCCCCCUCUCAGGCUGUCAGGCAUUGGGCAUGCUCCCCACCCCAUCUGGCCCGCUCACCUUGCACUCUAGGGGAGUGUGUGUAUGUGUGUGCCUCCUUAUUUAUUUCCACUCCUCCACACUUUGAAACUACCUACAGCAUAAAACUCAGACUUUUUUUUUUUGAUGGACUAUGGACUCUAGUCCUAACCGCCAUGCUUUCUUGCAAGGAUGAAAUAAUCCAGGCCACUGCAUAUGGGGCUUGAUAGAAGUUGGCUAUUCGGAGAAGGCAAUGGCACCCCACUCCAGUACUCUUGCCUGGAAAAUCCCAUGGACAGAGGAGCCUGGUGGGCUGCAGUCCAUGGGGUCGCUAAGAGUC